UUAGAUUGAUCCAAGCUUUCGUGGAAUCAAGAAACACUUCUUCGCUGAUAGCAUUUUCCAUCUCCUUUUCCUCCUCGUCUACACCUUUCCCAAAGCAGUAACAGGUGUUUCGCUCUCCCAGAUUUCGCUUUCAAAACUGUUAACUUCUCUCUGCGCGCAGCACUGCUUCUCCUUUGGUUAAAAUCUUGAAGAGUUUUUUUAACUUUAGAUUGAGAAUGGCGAGGACGGGCAACAAGAACGUACAAGCCAAGCUGGUGGGUAUUUCUUGGGGACAUGGGAGCCGGAAAAACAAGUUUGGUGUUGAGAUUUGUCAAAGGCCAAUUUUCUGAGUACCAGGAAUCAACCAUUGGAGCGGCAUUCUUCACACAGGUCUUGUCACUAAAUGAGGCCACUAUUAAAUUUGAUAUAUGGGAUACAGCAGGACAGGAGAGAUAUCAUAGUUUGGCUCCUAUGUACUAUCGUGGUGCAGCAGCAGCUGUUGUGGUUUAUGACAUUACAAGCAUGGAUUCAUUUGUACGAGCCAAAAAGUGGGUUCAGGAAUUGCAAAGACAAGGAAAUCCAAAUUUGAUAAUGUUCUUGGCUGCCAACAAGGCUGACUUGGAAGGGAAGAGGAAAGUGCCAGCUGAGGAUGGUGAUCAGUAUGCUAAAGAAAAUGGCUUGGUUUUUGUUGAAACAUCUGCAAAAUCUGCACAGAAUGUGAACGAGCUCUUCUAUGAGAUAGCAAAGAGACUGGCAAAAGCUAACCCUUCACGUACAACUGGGAUGAAGUUACAGGGCAGAUCACAAGAAAGUGGAAGAAGACUGUUUUGCUGCUCUGCAUGAUGCCCAUACUUCCUCUGCAACUCUCCCAUCUUAUAGCAGGUUUUCCUUGAUCACUUUUAAGGACAUCACCACUCAAUCAGAUGGAAAUUCAUUGUGGCUAAUCAAAGGUGCAGACUGACAUGCAAGCUUCACAAACAUGCUGUAAGAACAUUUGUUCUGUGUACAUUUUAAGAUCUCAUUAGAAAACAAUUUGCGACACUUUCAGACAUCUUGCAUAACUCUGUAUGGCCGAGACAAUGAUUAUUGAAUACAAAGUGAAUAAACACUGAA